CUCCCACAAAAGAGUCCCCACGUGAUCUCGAGGGAUAAGCUUUUUCUUCGUCGUCUGAGAGAGAGGGAGAAGCAGUGUCAAAGCACUUAUCCAUGGCGGCUGCAGCAGCUUCUUCUACCACUCUUCUCUCUUCUUCCUCCUCUUCUCGGGCUUUUCCCGCCAAGUCCCUUCUCUCCCCUCACCCUUCUUCCUCCCGAACCCUAGCCCUCCCCGCAUCCUCGGCCCUUCGCGCCCCUCUCCGCUCCGGAUUCACCCAACCGGCUUCGCUCUCCGUCAGUCGCUCUGCUUCUCGCCGGAGCUUCGUCGUCCGAGCCCAGGCUGAUGACCUUCCAUUGGUAGGAAACAAGGCACCUGAUUUUGAUGCAGAGGCUGUUUUCGAUCAGGAGUUCAUCAAGGUCAAGCUCUCCGAGUACAUUGGGAAGAAGUAUGUGAUUCUCUUCUUCUACCCUUUGGACUUCACUUUUGUCUGCCCCACAGAGAUUACUGCCUUCAGUGACCGUUAUCAAGAGUUCGAAAAGCUUAAUACCGAAGUGCUAGGUGUCUCGGUUGACAGUGUGUUCUCGCACCUUGCAUGGGUCCAGACAGACAGAAAGUCAGGAGGGCUUGGCGAUCUGAAUUACCCGCUUAUCUCUGACGUCACAAAAUCAAUCUCGAAGUCUUAUGGGGUUCUCAUACCGGAUCAGGGAAUUGCACUGAGGGGUCUUUUCAUCAUAGACAAGGAAGGAGUCAUCCAACACUCCACCAUUAACAACCUCGCCAUUGGACGAAGUGUUGAUGAGACAUUGAGGACCCUCCAGGCGUUGCAGUACGUACAAGAAAACCCGGACGAAGUGUGUCCGGCGGGAUGGAAGCCCGGCGAGAAAUCCAUGAAACCCGACCCCAAGCUCAGCAAAGAGUACUUCUCCGCCAUCUGAGGCAUCCGGUAGUCUCGGCCAUUAAAUUUGAGUCAGGAACUAGCGAGGCAUCACCCAAUAUCCAUUGUCUGGAUUUUUAUUUUUCAUGUUUGAGUCUCUGAAUUCCAAUCCAGACAUGUAUUUGUUGUUCCUUCUUACGACAUAUCUAAAAACUGAAUAAUUUUAUUUUAUAUAAUAUCCA